GUUCUACAAUGAGUGAGGAAUACUCUAUUGAUGGCAACACUUAGGUUGAUCGUGAAUUUGACUCAGCCGGCAUUUCUUUGCUUUAAUGCCAGCAUUCCCGAGGACAAAACCACGAGAAAGUUCUACCUUGAGGUUAUAGCUCAGUUGCAGUGUUACAAGGAGGCCUUUGCGGACACUGGAAUUCUUGGUGUGCUAAGUGAAAAACUAGCAAGUCUUCUGGAAAAGACAUGGGAAGACAGACAAGAAGACGAUAGACUGGUUAUUGAACGGAUUUUGAUUCUGAUAAGAAAUAUUCUCCAUGUGCCAGUCAACCCUGAGGAUGAGCAGCGUACUGAUGAUGAUGCCAGCAUUCAUGACCAGAUCCUGUG